AUGAGUGGAGCCCAUCCUUUAUUUGUCACAAGUCUCUUCCUUUGCCUCAUCUCAAUCUCCACAUUCCAUCCAACAUAUUCAAAACCGAAUGGUGGUUUUAGCCUCAAGCUCAUCCCUAGAGACUCUCCUGAAUCUCCUUUAUACCCUGGAAACCUCACUGUAGUUGAACGAAUUCAAAGAAUGAUCAAGUUCACCGAAGCUAGGGCUCACAUUUUGGACUUGAUUUCAUCUUCAAAUUAUUCCACCAUAGAACCUAACAAUCUUAGUUUGAUUCGUGACAGCUUCUUUUAUAUGGUGCAGGUUGGCAUUGGGACCCCGGUUGAGUUCCAGUUCCUACUUAUGGACACUGGCGGCGGCCUAAUUUGGACCCAGUGCCAACCUUGUAUUAAUUGUUACCGACAAACUAAAACUCACAUUUUUGUUCCAAGCCAAUCGAGCACUUAUCGAAGGCUUCCUUGCGACCACCCUCUUUGCCAUGGUGAUCUUCCUUUGUACCAAUGUGUUAACGAUGAAUGUGUCUACAACAUUGGCUAUGGUGGUGGGUCAUCAACUCGAGGUGUUGUUUCUUAUGAAACGUUCACAUUCCCAUUGGACGCCACUAGAACUAUCGAUAACAUGAUCUUCGGUUGUUCAAAUGAUAAUCGGAACAUUCAAUUCUCGAUACAUGGUGUGAUUUCGGGGAUAAUGGGGUUGAGUUUGAGCCCUGAUUCACUGGUGUCCCAAUUGGCUGAUCAAACCCAGAGACGUUUCUCUUAUUGCUUGGUCCCUUUUACUGAAGCACAAAUGCAACCUAGUGUGCUAAGGUUUGGGGAUACCAUACCCUUACCAUCUUCAAAUGUUUACACAACUCCAUUUGUCACACCAGGAGGAUCAAAUUAUUACCACUUAAAUCUGUUGGACAUAAGUGUUGGAAUGCGCCCGUUAAUGUUUCCACCGGGCACCUUUACGGCUAGGAUAGGUUUUUCCGGUGGUUUCUUCAUCGACUCCGGUGCCCUAAUCUCCCAACUUGAUCAAAAUCUCGUUAAUGAACGCAACGUGUACCGGGAGGUGAUGAGGGCAUUUCAGAAUCAUUAUGAUUCUUUCCAUCUUCAAAGGCUGGGUAGAGUGCCUGAAGGGUUCCCAUUAUGUUACAAAUAUCCUCCGGAAUUUAAUCAAUUUGCCUCCUUGACGUACCAGUUGGAAGGUGGUAAUUAUGUUGUUGAUCCAAAGUAUGUGAAUUUCUAUAAUACUCAGGCAGGUUAUUUUUGCGUAGCAAUGAUGCCAGGAACUGGGAAAUCUAUACUAGGAGCAUGGCAUCAGCAAAAUAUGAGGGUCACCUACAAUGGCGCCAUCAACUCACUCCAAUUUUCUACCGAAACUUGUGCUAAUGACCAUCCUUAA